ACCGAUAUUUUUCCCAGAAAAAAAGAACAUAUAUUCACAUUCAUCCCAAUCCACAUUCUUCGACGUCUUGCAAUCGGCUUAUUUCGUGUUCGAUAAAAAAAAAAAAUCGUGGGCUGAGACGCCGCGCCGGUGAUCGGAAUCGAAUUGCGAGUCGGGGAAACGAGGAAUUUUCUUCGCGAAUCCCCCCAUCAAAAGCCUUUGUCCUCAGUCAGGUGAAUCCAACGAAUGGCGGACUUGCCGGGUUCUUUGCAAGCCUGUUUGAGUAUGGGGAAGGUGGCAUUCUUAGCAAUUUUGGUUUCCGGAGGAAUUGUGUUGCAGAUAUUGGCAUGUGCCUUGUACAAUAAUUGGUGGCCAAUGCUAAGUGUGAUAAUGUAUGUACUUCUCCCCAUGCCUUUACUAUUCUUUGCGGGAUCUGAUAGCUCUUCACUAUAUACUGAUUCGACCGAUAGCUGGAUCAAUGCGACAAAAUUCUUGACCGGAGCCUCGACUAUAGGAAGCAUUGCCAUCCCCAUCAUUCUGAAGCAUGCCGGGAUCAUUGGCUGGGGGGCAAUGGCAAUGGACCUCUCGUCGUUUGUAGUAUUCGUGAUUGCCAUUUUGUGUUUCAUGGGGAUGAGCGAAGACGACGGCUACACCAUGUUCUGAGAUACUGCAUCUCCAUGGCAAUGAAGCUGAAGCUGUGUGCUAUCUCCAUCUGGUGAGGCUUCUGGUUUUGUUCUUUCUUGUCUGAGAUUCUCCUACUACAUCUGCACAUGUUUAAUGAAGAUCAUAUAUUUCUUCGUUGGUUUGUUGUUAUCUUUGAAUAUUUGUUGUUAUACCAAAAUUGAGAUGAGUAAGAAGGGGGUUGAUAGUGUGAUCCCAGGUUGUUGAGUGUAAAUGUAUAUUUGAAAAGGAAUGGGCAUUGAACCAGAUGUGAAUUGUGACUGUUCUUGCCCCAUGCUUGAAAUGGGAUGUAUUUGUCUAUUUGGUUUAUAAAUUUUGUGUAUGAAACUCUCAA